GGUUGGUUAAUAUGAUAUUAUAUUGUAAAAAUGCAGAUAAUAGAAUGUAAAGGACAGUGAGAAGGAAAUUUCCCAGGCUUUUUGAUAGUUUUGCUUAGUGAGUUAACUGACAAAGGUCAAUGGAGGGUAAGAAGCAAGCUAACUCGUCUUCAUCUUUUACUGCCGAGCUUUUUGGUGGCAAAGAGUUUCCAUCUCAGCACCUGUCCACUGGGAUUUUCGCUUCCAUUUUUCCUCCUCCAUCGAAGGUGGUGGGGAGGAACUCCCAAAGUUCUGAUCUUAUAGGAUCUUGGCAGAAACAUGCCCCUGGAAACCAAACAUGGCCCACCAACAAAUAUGGAAGCUCAGCUAAGAAUGGCGAAGUUGAACGAUGUAGCAUACCCUACAAGGACAGGAGUUCCGUUCUUCAAGAAGAAAGAGUGGAACCAUGUCAUCUAAGUUCUUCGAUUUAUUAUGGAGGGCAAGAUGUGUAUUCCCAUUCUCAAAGUUCCCAAAUCUCUGAAUCUUACCCUGUGUUCAAAAAAGAUGGCCGGGAAGAUGAUCCAAAUGGAAGCAAUUCGAAUGAUGCUUCUCGAGGAAAUUGGUGGCAAGGUUCGCUUUAUUAUUAGGACCUUUGUCCUCCAACGCAGCAUGAAUUCUCCAACUAUUUUUUGAGGGAUGCACAUGAAGCCAGGAUGGAAAGCACAGGCAACAAACAAUUUGCUAUAUAAAUAAGUAGCUCAGCUUGGGGCAUGGUUAACAUAAAUAAACAGCCGAUACCUAAAGAGCUGACAGUGGAUUUAUUUAAGUCAGAAAAUGCUAAACAUUUUAUGACAAUGUAGUUGUUCUGUACGAGUUAAGACCAGGCUGAAAGAUGAAAGAUUCACUAAACUAUUUUGCUGGCUUAAAUUUCUUUUUUCAUGCUAUUUUAGAGCCUGUAAUGUUCGUCUAUGAAUUGAUGGUACAGGCCUUUUUUCCAUUAUAUAUCAACGUAGAUGUUCGUAAGCG